UUUCCUAUAUAUACAUACACAUCCAAACUCCCUUGACAUCUCCCUCAUCACCUGCCAAGUAGCUAUUUCCAGUUUUCAACCCACAUUCUUCCAAAGAGCACACACAUCCAACUAGUGAAGGUACCCUAACAAUGUGGCAUCUUUCAUGGCCCAAGACCACAUGCUCCACCAAGAUUGGUGGUCAUGAACCUCAAACCGCCACAGCCACCGCUGCUACCAAAUGCAUCAAAGCCUCACCAUCACCUUCUCAUUGUACUUGUCUAGCCAAACUGGUGAGGAAGCUAAGGAAACAGAGAAGAAGGGUAGGCUGUGCGAAAAGUUCUUCGUUCCAGUGCCGGUAUGAUCCACUGAGCUAUUCUCUCAACUUUGAUGCCAGUGGAUGUGGGAACUUGUCAGAUGACCAAGAUUACUACAAGUUCUAUGCCUUCUCUUCAAGGUUUGUGGCCAACCCAUCAGGAGCCCCUUGUCCAAGACUAAUCACCACCACCACUCAUUAGAAAAAUCAAGGAUUUGGAGAUUAGAGAUGAAAAUUAGUGAUGAUUCUGUGCUGUAAUGGGUAUCUUGUAUAUUAGUAGAGGUUGGCAUCUGAGAUUUGGGGAGAAGAAGAGAGAGAGAGAGUGUGUGUUUGUUCUAGCUUGAUGGCUAACAAGCCUAUACAGUGUUUCUACUGGUAGUUCAUUUUGCUGACUAGUGGAUACAGUUCAAUCUUUUUCUCUUGUUUCCUUCA